AUGCACGGAUUUUUCCCUUCAUUUAAUUCAUAUAUUCUCAACCCUUUGGAUGCCAUUUGUGAUCGUAAACGGCCAGAUGCAGUUUGCGUUUCGAACUUAAAGAAUGCGAAAAGGGUCGACAAGGGUGUUUUGGUUGAACGCCCUGAUGUGAAAAUCUUCUUACCUUUCAGAUUUUAUGUGUACGAGCCAAAAACUCUAUUUAUACCAAAUACUUACAAUCGAUUUUUAGUUGUGCCUAGUGGGGAUCAUCUGACAUCUUUGGUCGAUGAAAUAUCAUACAUAUCACCACCGGCACCCCCUCUAUCUCAAAUCGAUGACAUACCGCCCGAAUACUUCUGCAACGGGGACAAUCGGCCGCCAAACUGUGGGCCAAACUGUGAAUGCACACACAUGGUUGACAUACCUCUUGGAGCUAUUGUUGAAGUUGUGUUGGUCGAUGAAGUCCAGCAGGUGAAUCUUAGUCAUCCAUUUCAUUUGCAUGGUACUGCUUUCUAUGUGGUUGGACUGGGUCGAUCGCCGGACAAGUCUAUAAAAAAAAUCAACUUAAAGCAUGCUCUGGAGCUGGACCGAAUGGGCAUGCUUGAGCGUGAUUUUUCUAAUCCACCUCUUAAAGAUACUAUAGCCGUACCGAAUAAUGGUUAUGUUGUUAUGCGGUUUCGCGCAGACAAUCCAGGUUAUUGGCUUUUCCAUUGUCACUUCCUUUUCCAUAUCGUCAUAGGCAUGAACCUCAUCUUUCAUAUCGGAACACCAGCCGACCUACCACCAGUUCCGCCGCGAUUUCCUACAUGUGGCGACCAUGUUCCGCCGGUUACUUGGUUCUAGUCCGUUGACUUAGAUAGUAAGAACUGUAGUAUAAUUUUUAACUUAGUUUUUAUUAUUUAUUAACAUUUUACCUAGCUUAACCUAAUUUAAUCAUGAAUAAAUUUUGUGUCUGCAAAAUUUUUAAAAAAAAAAUAAUGCUGUAAAAAAUAUGUUUCAUUCUCAUAGCAAUGAUCAAGGAUUAAAGUGUAUGAUUCUCCCAAGCAAAAUGAAUCAAACUUUCUUAUAAACAGAAACUAAUUAGCAAUAACACAUAAAAACGAAUCGAUUAUAAUUAUAUUUUUAAUUUAUAGUCGCUUCAGACGCUGAUCAUCUCAUAUCACUUAUCGAUGAGGUAUCAUACAUAUCGCCACCUUCCCCGAUGCUGUCACAAUAUAAUG